AUCUAUUGCAAUGUUGAAAGGGUUUUCACUGUCUGAACACAUCCACCGCCCUUCUUGAGAGCUCAACUCAUCUCUAGAUCGGCUUGAGAGAUUCGCCUAGUACAACCUCUGAAGAAAAUGGCUUCCUACGCCUCGACGACGUUCAAGUACUACAAUGUCACGAAUCCAGCUCCUUAUAUCGUGCAUGUGGAAAUCAAUCGACCAAAGAAGUUGAACGCAUUCAGUCCACCUAUGUGGGUUGAGCUGAAGGGAAUCUUCGAGCGGUUGUCGACUGACCCUGACGUUCGAUGCAUUCUCCUUUCUGGAGCCGGAGACCGAGCAUUCACAACAGGCCUCGACGUGGAAGCAGCAUCGGCAAAAGACGCCACACCCAUCGUUGCCCAGGACUUUGUCGACCCAUCUCGCCGGGCGACACAACUCCGGCGGUACAUCCUCGAACUACAAGAAGCCAUUUCGGUGGUGGCUCGUUGCGAGAAACCCGUCAUCGCGUUGCUACACGGUUACGCCUACGGACUGGGGAUUGACCUCUCGUCGGCAUGUGACAUGCGAUUCUGUCUGGCAGAUACCAAGUUCAGUGUCAAGGAGGUCGACAUUGGAUUGGCCGCCGACGUAGGAACGUUGAGCAGAUUGCCCAAGGUGGUGGGCGGGGUGACGAGCUGGGUAAAGGAAGUGUGUAUGAGUGCACGAGUGUUCGGCGCAGACGAAGCCAAAGACAACGGCUUCGUCAGCAGGGUGGUCAGCGGCAGCAAGGCCGAGCUCAUCCAAGAAGGCAUGCAGUUCGCGCAGUACAUGGCGACCAAGAGUCCGGUGGGUGUUCAAGGCACGAAGAACAUUCUUGACGCUGCGUGGGGAAGAACGGUGGAAGAUAACCUCAACUACACGGCAGUGUGGAACGCGGCGAUGGUGCAGAGCAGUGACGUCGAAAGAGCCAUCAUGAGUGGACUGCGCAAGAAGACGCCGACGUUUGAGAAGCUGUGAGAGAGGACGAGCAUGUGCCUGAUGCAGAUGACUCUCAGCUAUGUCUGGCUUUUGUACGGGAGUAUAAGACUCCGUAACAGACAAUAACCCAGUUGUGGCGCGCACUAUUUGGCAAUUAAACUCGGGCCUUGGAAAGAGCAGUGCGAGCAGUUAAUGAGACACAUUAUUUUGAGCAGGCAGAGAAUGGUGAUGACACGACUCUGUAACAUCAAUAAACAGUUCUCGGAACUUUUC